GAGAAAUUCGGCAGAUGUGUGAGUUAUUAGCCAUCAGCAUACGCAUUACACAAGCUGAUAAACAUAAGCAGGAAAUAACAGACUUUCCAGACUUAUCUCUUUCCUGACAGUACAGCAGUGUCUUCAUAACAAGGUGGAACUUUGGAAAUCAGUGUUUACAGAGCUGCAGUCAACCUCCAUGUGUUACAAGUCGACUCAUUUUCCUCCAGGAAGGUGCAGCAGAGCUGCCAGGGGGACCUGCAGCGAUUCCUGGCCCAGUGAGGAAACACAAAGCUGGGCAACAUCUGCUGAGGUGUCUUGUUAACUCCUGCACUUCAUCAUGGCUAUGGAGCAGCCUCUGAAGUCGUCUUGCCCCGCCCCCUUAAGCUCACAGGUACAUGCGGCAGCUGUGAAUGGAGACAGGAGCUCUUUACAGAGACUGAUCACAGCAGAACCAUGUUUGAGAGACAGUGAGGAUCAGUUUGGCCGGACUCCUCUGAUGUACUGCGUGCUUGCUGACCGCUUAGAUUGUGCGGAGACGUUACUGAAGGCCGGAGCAUCCGUCAACAAAGCUGAUCGCAGCAAGAGAACCGCACUGCAUCUCUCUGCACAGAAGGGCAAUGUUCGCUUUAUGAAGUUGCUCCUGUCUCGGCAUGCUAAUUGGCUGUUAAAGGAUUUAGAAGAAAUGACACCAUUGCACUUAGCAACACGUCACUCCAGCCACAAACCUCUCUCUCUUCUGCUCAAGCACAUGGCACCUGGGGAGGUGGAUACUCAGGACAGGAACAAGCAGACAGCGCUGCACUGGAGUGCGUUCUACAACCACCCUGAACACGUGAAGUUGCUGAUCAAACAUGACUCGAACAUCGGCAUACCUGACAGCGAGGGCAAGAUUCCCCUGCACUGGGCAGCUCACAACAAGCACCCCAACGCCACACACACUGUCCGAUGCAUUCUGGACGCAGCUCCCACAGAGUCUCUUUUAAACUGGCAGGAUUAUGAAGGCCGGACGCCGCUUCAUUUCGCAGUGGCUGAUGGGAAUGAAGCGGUGGUCGAAGUUCUGACUUCAUACGAAGGCUGCAGCGUUACAGCCUACGACAAUCUGUUCCGGACACCGCUUCACUGGGCUGCACUGCUCGGCCACGCAAGGAUCGUUCAUCUGCUGCUGGAGAGAAACAAGUCAGGCAUGAUUCCAUCAGACAGUCAGGGAGCGACACCGCUGCACUACGGAGCUCAAAGCAACUAUGCUGACACGGUGGCGGUGUUCCUAAGGCACCCCUCGGUACGUGAUGAGCCUGACCUGGAGGGCAGGACCGCCUUUAUGUGGGCUGCUGGAAAGGGCAGCGAUGAUGUCAUCAAAAUCAUGCUGGAGCUGAAACGAGAUCUGGACAUCAACAUGACUGACAAGUAUGGAGGAACAGCAAUGCAUGCAGCUGCGCUCUCGGGCCAUGUAUCCACUGUGCGGUUGUUGCUGGAAAAAGGAGCCAUGGUGGACCCUCUGGAUGUUAUGAAACACACUCCUUUGUUCCGUGCCUGCGAGAUGGGUCACCGUGAUGUCAUUCUCACCCUUAUCAAAGGUGGGGCACGUGUGGAUUUGGUGGACACAGACGGUCAUUCGGCGCUGCACUGGGCAGCGCUGGGAGGAAAUGCGGAGGUGUGCGAGGUGCUGAUGGAGAACGGGCUCGGGCCGAACCUGCAGGAUCAUGCAGGCAGGACACCGCUUCAGUGCGCUGCGUAUGCAGGUUAUAUAAACUGCAUGGCCCUGCUGAUCCAACAUGAUGCUGACCCUAACAUCCAGGAUAAAGAGGGAAGGACGGCGCUCCACUGGUCAUGUAAUAAUGGAUAUUUGGAUGCUGUGAAACUUCUUUUGGGAUGUGGAGCGUUUCCUAACCACAUGGAGCAUACAGAGGAGAGGUACACUCCUCUGGACUACGCCUUACUGGGAGAGCAUCAGGAGGUGACGCAGUUCCUUUUGGAGCACAGUGCUUUGUCCAUCGCUGCCAUCCAGGACAUCGCCGCAUCUUCCAUUCAGGCUUUGUACAAAGGAUAUAAAGUGCGGCGAGCCUUCAAAGAGCGCAAGAACCUGUUAAUGAGGCACGAGCAGCUCCGUAAAGAUGCAGCCAAGAAGAGGGAAGAGGAGCGCAGGCGUGAGGCUGAACAUCAGCUCUCUUUAGCCGAACCACAGCAUCGCCAGAUCUCUGUGGUCCAAGUUGCUACUGAAAGGCUGCCGUCUGCUGCUACUGAACCCGCCGUCGGCGAGAUUAAAGACAUGAAGCCUAAAGGUCACAAACAUAGAAAAUCAUCAAAGGCGCAUCAUAGUCAAUCACAUGACAGGACUGAGAAAAAGCCAAAAGGGCCAGAGCACAGGGCUGUGUCUGUAGACGCGUCUCAGCUGCGUAUGACCUCUCAGAGCCCCGGUAGAUCAGACACAAGGACAGAUGUAUGUGUGAGCGGUGUGUGUGCACCUGAGGAGUGUGUAGCCCGGCCAGAGCGUCAUUCUCCAGCAGGUUCCAGCAGGCCGGGCAGCGCCAGACAGACGCACCCGAAUGCGAAUGCGAGACCCAUGACUUCAGGUCGCACUCCAGAAUCCAACAUGGAAACCAACUCGAAACCAGAGUCCAAAACAAGCCAUCCAGCUGUGGUGCCCCCUCCUGCAGCUGUCAGUCAAUCCAGCAGCUUCAUCUCAGGUCCAAUUCAAGCACAUCAGGAGAAGAUUAGAGCGAGGGAGACACGGACUGAAGGAGAAAAGAACAAGCCAUCCAGGCCUAAACGAGAGAAGACAUGCAGGUCUGAGAAAGAGGAGGAGAAGUGCUCGAGGACCGAGAGAGAAGCAGAAAGACUUUCAGAAAGAGGAAGAGAGAGAGGUUUGUGCAAAGAGCUUGAGAAAGGAAAGCGAAUGGAAAAAGAGAAGGAGCACAGAAGAAAGAGUCUCCACAGGAGGAAUCAAGCGGCGAGAGUGAUACAGACAGCGUGGAGGAGGUUCCAUGUUCGGAGACGCCUAAAAGAACUGGUGUGUGGAAACAUGAAAAAGCCUGAGUCUGCAGAAGUCACUGCUCUUCUGAUUCAGUUUUUAUGGGAGCGACCCCUCCACGCCGACAACUCUCGUCAGAAAGCCAUUCCUAGAGCACACUCGCCUCCUGCUAAAGCUGCGACGAAGAAAAGCUCAGUGCUACAAACUAUUUAUGGAGGAGCCCAAGCCAAAAGAGGGCGCUCUCUGAGAGCCGUGUCCGCACUCGCUGCACACAGCCAGAGUCAACAUCUGCAUGACCUUACGCUUAAGCCCACCAAACAAAUGAGUGGCGUGGAGUGUGUUCACUUACUAGACUCUCUGAGUCAGUCCAAGCAGUACUCCUAUCACCUGCGUCCUCAGAGCGCCAGCAGCCAGAGCAGGAUCAAGGACUGAGAGGACCUCAGAGAGCACGUCUACUAAUUUUAUACCUGAACCAUAAACACUAAAGCGAGACAGUAAAACCAGUACAGUGUUACUUGCUUAUUUAUAAAUUUGUGCCUGGGAAGCUGAGGAUCCUAGACCACACCGGUGAGGUGCUGAAGGAUGUCAUGACAACCACACAGGGCAAAGUUUAAGCCCACAAACACAGCAUAUGCAUGAGAUGACCUUUUAUCCCGUCAUCAACUGGUUAUGCACCUGUCAUAUGGGUGACAUACACUUGACAUACCAGUGACUCUUGCAUUAUUAAUUCAUGCUAAGAAAAUAUGAGCAGUCUAGAUACUUGUACAAGCGUCUUCACUGCAUCCCUACAGUGUUUUUUUUUUUAGAAUGCGUCACAGUCUUAUCCCUCGCUUUUAAUUUUUUUAAAGGGCACCUAUUAUGCAAAGCGCACUUUUAAGUCAUUUUAGACAUUUAAAAGAGUUUCCAGUGUUUUGCACAUUGCUUGCUUUUUGUCCUUUUUCAGUUUGUGUUUAAGAAAGCCAAUUCGAUUUACCUUAUAUAAGAUGAUUCCCCUCCCCCCCCCCGGAAUGCUGCUGAUUGUUGGUUCCACCCAGCUCCGAGUGGGGCUUAGUCAGGAGCUCAAUUACAUCGACACUGAAACGGCGCGUUUGGAAAAGGAGUAAAAUAAUUGGAACUUAAGGUAAAGCUAUUUUAGUUGAAGCAUUAACGGACACACUCUGGGGGAGCUCCGAGACCGGUACAUACUGUAGGGGACCUUUAAGCAAACCAUGGUGUCGGAUUAAUGUUUUGUGAUCAAUAAUGUACAAUCUACUACAGAUGAUUCUUUAAGUAUAUGAACUUCAGCUCCUUUUUUUCAUAUGUUAAUCACUGCUGCUAAAGUAUUUUUCCAGUGUUUGGCUAAAAUAAUAAACUCCUUUUCUAGCUACAAUCUGCCAAGUUCACAACCCCUGAAUUAAAGAAACACUUAACAGCCAAGAAAAAACUGUUUAGCCUUAUCCAACGAAGAAACUUUUUGAUCCUGUUUCCAGGAGUGGUCUCAUCCAGGCUGACUCCGCCCCGUCCUCAAGGCAUAGGAGCUUUUUGGUCAUUGAGCACAACCCUCAAGCCUGUUUAAACCGUGAGUCUCUUUUGGUAAACGUCGCAGCCAGAUGAGGUCAAAGACCCAGAUGAAGACGCGUUUGGAACAACGUGUUAGAGAGUACUCAACAUAAUUAAAAUUCUUAAUAAGGGAAUAUCUUUUGGAAGUAUGGUGUUCAUUUUUGCAGUAUACUGUUCCACAAAUGUGUAGGAUCUAUACCCAGGUACCAUAUGGACAUAUGUAUUUUGCCUUUGUCCCUCUUCUACAUGCAUGUAUUAUAUAUCCUAUAAAAUUUCUAUUCUGUAAAAUGUUCUACAAGUGUAGAAAGUUCAGAAUGUAUACUCCAUCUAUUCAAAUGCGUUCUUAUUUGCAUCAUUUGCCAUUAUUUAUUCUACAGCUCGUCAUCAUCACUUUGUGUGAUCCGUACCACUUUGUUAAAGAAUCUUUUUAUAACUGUUGUCAGAUUGCGCAAAGAUGCCUCACAAUGCAUGUCGGGAAGUUUUGCAGCACAGCAACUGCCAGUGUUUUAACUUAAGGCUUCCACCACAAAGACCUCCGGGGCUUUAGGGUUAAGCUGAGAAAUGCGUUAAUUACAGGAGUAAAUGAAAGGCCUGCAAUGUCAGGCCACAGGCUGAAUUCCCCGCUAACAGAUGUGCCUGAUUCCCAGAGUUAUCAAUUUCCAAAUAGUUUCGAUGUUUCCGCUUGGUCGUAAAAAAAAAAUAAAAAAAUCAGUAAGUAAAUUAUUUUUUUUUUACCCAAUUGUAGUUUUUUACACACUUCUGAUUAUCAUUAAUGAAGAAAUCAUGAUAUGUCAGUUGUCGAGUGGUUGCUAAGCAGGCAUCAUUAGCACUCUCCUUAUGUACCUCUAUUGUAUCCAGUACGUGUAAACAUGUCUUUAUUGUUGUGCUAAUAAACUGACAGAAAUCAA